AUGUCGGCGUCGGAUCCCAAGGACGAUGUCGAUCGGCUCUUCGACUGCUUCAAGUGCGGCAUCGCCACUCCCCGUGAGUUCUCGUCCCUUCUUCACCCUUCCACGCCCCCCAGAAACCCCAGAAACCCUCUUCGACCUUAUCACGCUCCAGUCUCCUCUCUCUUUCCGGCCUGCCUGAGAGCGCGCAUUUUACUCGGCGCUGGUUUUUUUUUUUAUAUAUAUAUACUGGGAGAUAUCAUCCUUUAUGCUGAUGGAGCUCGGUGGCAGAAUCCGCGCUGCUGGAGAAGAAAAGAGGUGGAGAGGCGCAGAGGAGGCGGGGUGACAUGAGAGCAGAGAGCUCUGGGCUCUCCCACUUUGGAGCACGGGGUUCGUUGAAGGAAUCACAACCCCCGUCCAGAGAGAAGGUCAGGAAUUCCUCCAACUUUAAACGAUGUUUCUAGUUGACAUCUUAGAAUGGCCCUGGACAUUUUUAUGCUAUAUUCGGUAUGUGUCUAUAGAUUAAUGCAGGUGUUCUCAGGCUCGUUGAUCCUUUAUUUGAGCAAGCGUAUUCCUCACAUAGAGCACUUGCUUGGUUGCAUCAAGAAUCUGGAGAGUCUAUUACUUUCGGUUGAAGAGUUUGAAUGCAAUUUAUUAUAGUUAUAAAUAAAAUGGUUGUUUUAGGUCAGACUCUAACUCUAUCGCUUGUAGUAUUUGUAUUUUGUAUUCAAACUAUGAUAAUUUCUGAUCGCUGCUGAGGACACCUUGUUGAUGUUAUAUUGCCUGCAUCUCCUCCAAAGCUGGUUAACAAUUAUCGUAUCUCUUCUGAAGAUGUGCACAUAAGAUGCAGGUGGGCCAAUGACUAUUCUUCAUUCCCAUAUAUGUUGCAAAAGUCUGGAGAUUGUGUAGAAAGGGAUCAAUUGGGUCACAUAUGAGCAAUUUCCCAUGUGGAAAUCUCACCUCAGAAUUUUAUUUCGAGUGGCAGAAAGGAAGUACCCUAUAUUUGAUGCCAUCCAAUGUCUGGUACAACCAUCUGGUAUGAUAGUAGGUCAGUCAGACUGUAAAGUUCUUCCUCUUACCCAUUUCGAUCUUUCUAUGUUUUCCAUUGACAUUUAUCUUUCUACAAAAUUGGUUUAGAACUUCAAGUUACCCAGUUUCUUCAUCUGACAGAUUCCAUAGUCUCUUCUCUCAUGUCAGUGUAGUCAGAAAUAGUUGCUAGUCUAGCACUUGAAUUUCCACUUUCCGACAAAGCUCUCCCCGGGAUGAUUUUCCAUGCCACCUAUACUCUCAAAAUAUAUUUUCUUGGUUAUUCCAUGGAUAAAUCUCACUACUAAUCAUCACCAGAUCCCUCUGCUGUCAGGAGUCCUUGAUUGCAUGUCCCAUGUGUGCUCCUAUAACACUUUUGGAUUAUUAAAUGUAGCUUGAUUUUCUUGUCAUGGUUUUAUACAUCAAUGUCUCCACUGGAAUACUUGGGCAUUCUGGUGCUUGGAUAGAUUAAUUUUCCAUUCUAAGCUGUAGUUAAUUUUCCCCAAUUUCAGUUGUGUCCAUCAAGUUCUAUGGCAUGUAAAUUGAAUGGUGUCAAGCACAUAUCUCCAGUUGUAUUUUAUGGCUCUCCACAUGGUGUACCAGCGAAAAAGCCUGCACGUUUAUUACGGCUGUUACGUGAAAUCCAUGUUGAUCUCAAGGAACAAGAGGAGUUUAAUUUGAGGUACUGUGAGCAAGAUGCAGACAUGGUCUCUACUAUCUUCUUUACCUUAUCAUAUUUGGAUUCUUGCCUUUCUUUCUUGAGCAUGUAUCAUUUUAAAUUGGCAUGUCUUAUUUUAAGAUGUUAUAUUAGAUGCUAAUUGUCUUCAUUCAUCUAGGGAGGAGGUGUGGGCUACAUUUCCUAGACAAGAAGAGGCUGUUAGAUUUGCCAAAACACAUGAACGAGUUCAUCUUUUCAGCUAUCAAGAUCACUUAAAUGGGCAAAGACGGUUCCUUGUGUGCACUUAUGAAGAGUUUUGGCGAAGGUUGCCUAAAUUGUACUUUGUGUAGAUCUUGACCUUUCCCCACUUCCAUCAUACUCUUGCCUGAUGAUUUGACAAAUACCUGCUGUAAUUGACACAAUUUUUCGCUGUCUUCUGACUGAUCUCAUUUCAGGUAUGAAAGGAUGGACUCAAAAGUUCGGCAUCAUUAUGAAGUCAUUCAAGAGGUAACGGUUUACUAUAAAAUUCUAAGAAUAUAACCAAUUUAAUAUUAUGAUAAAUUAGAUGUUUGCUCAGCUAUCAUGAUGAUGUUUUGUUUGUAGCCAUUACUUUUUUUCUUUUUUUCUACAAAUCUUUACUAUAUGUUUUAUGAUAAAUAUUGUAGAUUAGGCAAAGAAGAGGAUGAUUCUUACGUGGCUGGUAAUAUCGAAUCUUAGAUCAGGCUCCCUGCUUUAUCCUAAUACAUGAUUACCAUUUUAUCAUUAGUCCUAUUCAGGGAGUGUGUGAGGUAUCAAGGAGAUGUUGGCUGAUUAGACAUCAUUAGGAUCUGGGAUAGAAGGGGCUGUUGGGUGUUAGUAGUCACAAUUAACUCCUUGAUGUGUCAAUGAAUCUGUGUUUAUCCUUCUAAGUCCGUAAAAAUUGUGUCAUCCUCUAUUUUUAGUCCCUCUAUUAGUAUUGACCAAGAUUUUUGCUUUAAACACAAUGACAAAUGACUUACUGAAUGUUAUUAUUUCAUGAUGAUCUGUAAAAAAAUACAUGCAAUCCAUUGAUUUGGCAACCGUUUCAUUUAUACAUGUCAUCAUACUAAGUCACAUCAUGUUUUUGUUCAUACCAACAUGUUUCCAGUUGCAUUUCAUCAAAAAGCACAGGGACUUCAGUCCUCAUCUUAAAGGACAUAGUGUGGCCAUCGAGAUGUCAAGAUGAAGGGUUGAUCAUUGUUAUAGGAAACCUUGUGAUGUUUAGAUGGACAAGAUGAGAGAGAACCAAGAGAAAAGGGGGCAACAUGAAUGUGUUGUAAUGCUUUGCUCCCAGGGAAUUUCAGAGCCUCUUUAUAUAAGCUUUACAAAAUGCUACGAACAAAUUUUAGAGCCUCUUGAAAGGUCAUCUCCAAAUUAGGAACUGGUUUCGGAUUUAUCAACCUUUUACAGUAAGUUUCUACAAUCUAGUCAGGGUUUCAUUAGAAACUGAUUUUUUCUAAUAAUUCUUGUAUUGCUUGUCUUUCUUAAUUUGAACUUUUUAUACAAGAUAGAAUUACACUUUAAAAACAUAAGUUCAUGCAAUCAGAAUAGUAUUGUUGCAUAAUUUUCCUUCUCUGAUUGUUCUCAUUAAUAUCAAUUUCAAGAUCGUACUUUCUACAAUCAGUAUCUCGAUGACAUACUCUCUUCCAUAGAUUCCACAUGCUUGCUGCACUGCUAUGGCCCUCAGAUUCGUUCAAAUGUGUGGUUCUACAGUGCUCUCAAUCCAACUCAUUCAUUAUCUUUGUGUUAUUUUUUUUCAUAAUUCUAAGUUCUAUCUCAUGAUUUUCUUUAGGUUUAGCUUCAUUCCCAUCAAUUUGUUCCUAUUGUAAAACAUCUUAGGAAUAGUCCUACAAGAGAUAGUUUUUCAAUUGAAACAAGUGGGGUUAAUAUUGGUUUUUGCUUGAGUCUCUAUGAAUGUCUAUAGAGGAGGAUAGUGGAUAGGAUAGAAGUGUGGGUCUUGCCUUCCUUGGACAAGAUGCUCCUUGAGCUCAAGGUUCACUAUACUUGGUCCUGUAUGGAUCCUCAUAGUCAGGUAGCGUAAAUAUUAGAUGUGUUGAAACAUUGUUAUGAUACAAUUUUUCCCUUUUCACUAAAGUAGUUAUACGUUUCAUGCAUGAAAACAUCUGAAAUAUCAUUUAUAACUGUAGGAAUUGAAAAGUCAACCAUAAUGAUCAUAGUCUAGGGUUUAUAUCUUAACCCUAGAGGCCAUGAAAUGGGCCACAAUAAGUUUGGCCAUUAGGGUGAGCCGCAACAUAAAGGGUCCAUUUUAACAGCCCCCCCUCAAGCUAGAGCAUAGAUAUCAUAUGCACCAAGUUUGAUACAAAUGACUAUCACCCAAGGAGCAUAAAUGGCAGUCAACUUCGAUGUGUUUUGUGUACUCGUAGAAGAUAGGGCUAGAUGCAAUGUGAAUGGCAACUUGAUUGUUGCAUCGAAGUUUCAUAGGGCAAAGGGGAAGAAGCUUGAGUUCUUCUAGAAAAUGUCAAAUCCAAAUGAGCUCACAUGUGAUGUGUUAUAGCCCUAUACUUAGACUCUACACUAGAUCAUGAGACCACUAAUUGUUUCUUACUCUUCCAAAAAAUAAGAUUGCCACCAAGUAAAAUACAAUAACUAGUCAUAGAUCUAUCUAUACUACUUCUAGCCCAAUCAGCAUUAGAAAAAACUUGAAUGUUAAGACGACCAUGAUUCUUAUGUAAUAACCUUUUGCUUGAAUUUUUCUUCAGAUAUUGCAAAAUUCGUGUAAUAAUUACAAGGUGCCCACUAUGAGGUUGAUCCAUUAAUUGACUUAUGACACUUGUAGCAAAUGAGAUGUCUGACCGAGUGAUAGUCAAGUAGAGGAGUUUGCCAACUAAGUGUUGAUAUCAUCUUGGAUCAUCUAUAAUUAUCUUCCUACAUGAGACAACUUUAAGUGGGGAUUUAUAGGAGUAGUAGUUGGUUUCACUUUAGUCAUUUCUGUCUCUACAAAUAGAUCAUGAGUAUACUUUUGCUAAUUGGUAACAAUCAUUUCCUUAGAUUGAGUAGCCUCUAUACCAAGGAAGAACUUGAGAUUGUCUAGAUCCUUAGUGACAAAUUGACUUUGCAAAAAGGUUUUGAGGUGAGAUAUAUCAAAAUAAUUACCCCUAGUGAUAACAAUGUCAUUGACGUAGAAAACUAAUAAGAUACACCCAACUAAAGAGUUUUGAUAAAAGACAGUGAUCAACACUGCAUCUUUGAAGACUAAACUCAUUCAAAGUGUUGUUGAAUUGACUAAACUAUGCUCGAGGAGAUUACUUCAAAUCAUAAAGGGACUUUCAUAAUCAGUAAACCAUAUUAGAGCCUCUAUAUGUACUAAAUCUUGGAGGUUGUGCCAUAUAUAUCUCUACUUAUAUAGUGUCAUGAAGAAAUACAUUCUUUAUAUCAAGUUGAUAGAGAGGCCAAAAGAAGUGAGCUGCCAAGGUAAACACAAUAUGAAUGAAAGUAAUCUUAGCAAUAGGCUAAAUAAUCUUCACCAUAUACUUGAGUGAAGCCCUUUGCCACUAAUUGAGCUUUCAAGCAAUCAAUUAUACCAUCAGGUUCAACUUGAAUUGUAAAGACUGAUUUGCAACCAACAACAGACUUUCUUGGGAGACUCACACUCUAAUACUUUUAAAUUAGACAAAUUAGGUACUAUUAAUUUAAGUUUUUCUAGAGAUAGAUGACUUAGUCAACUAUGGACUUGAAGUGGUGAAGUGAUAAUACACAUGGCAGAAGAAGCUUUUCUCAAGUAGUAUAGCCUUCUAUCUUCAUAUCCUUCUCCAAUCAUCCUCCAUGUCUUUAGGUCCUGAAUGAAACAUAGAUUAGAAAAAAAAGUUAUUGCAGCUUGUAGGGAUUGAGUGAGUUUACUAAUAGAAAUAAGGUUAAAAGAGAAUUUAGGUAUGUGCAAAACUGAUAUAAGAAGAAGGUUGGGGUUAGGAUAUAAAGACCCUAUACUUGUGAUAGGUGUAGUAGAGCCAUCUGCUAAGGUGACAAUAGACAGACCAUGUUGACUAGAAAAGGAUAUAAAUUUUUUGGAUAUAUUUGUAAUAUGAUUAGUUGCACUUGAGUCAAGAACCCAAUGGGGCAAUUCACUUUAAGAGGAUGUGGAUGUGCAAGAGAAGCAUGUUGUAGAUGUCUUAGGUGUGUCUAAAGUAGUAAUUAAUAUUGAUGUUGGUUGGGCAGUUCAAAACUAGAGCAAGUGAGCAUACUCCUCACUAGAGAGUGAGAUGUAAUGUGUGCCUCGAGGUCCUUCCUCUUCUCCUUCAACAACAUUGGCAGUCAUAAGAAGACGAUCAUGAAGUGCAUAACACUUAUCUCUUGUGUGCCCCUUUUUGUCACAAAAUGUGCACUCAUAUUUUUUAUGUUCUCCAAAUGCUCUACCUUCACUUCCCCCUCUUCCAAAGUGAUCACUAUGAAUAAGCCCAUGAGAGGGUUGCUAAGUAGACACUAACAUUGUGUUCUCCACAAGGGUUGUGGUCUUUAGAAUGCCAUGAUCUAGAAGAGCACGAGAGACACAUUAAUAGGCUUCAGCAAGUGUUGACAGUUCAGUCCCUACUAAUCUCUAAUUAUGAAUGUUCUAAUACUCGGGGCAAAGUCCAUUAAGGAACUUGACCAUGGCCAUUUGAUCUCACUGCUUCUACAUCAUUUGUAGGUUAGCAGAUAAAAAAGUAAUGAGUUGAGAUCUUGAGUAAGAUGUGGGAUCUCACCAAAAUAUUGACUCAGAUCUGUAUCACCUUGCUUCAAUUCAUAAUACAUCAUAUCAUAUCAUAUAUCUGAAAAAUAUUGUUAGAAUACAUCAAUGCGAGAUGAUCCCACGUCGUGUUGCAUGUCUCUAUAUUACACACCAACUGGGCAAUCUGAGUCUCCAUAGAAUUUCACAAUAGAUUUAGGACUGCAUCAUACUACUCCCAUUGAACAUAGAGAUUAGGGUUAGAUGACACUCCUUCAAUUAGAUGAUUAAUCUUGCCUUGUCUCUUGAAAUAAAUUCUCUUUGAUCGUUGCUAAUGAUGAUAAUUCCUUCCCAUUAGCUUCUGACUUAUUAUGAAGUUAUCCUAUAUGGUAAGUGAAACAAUAGGUUUCUGUCCUUCUGCCAUAGUUGACCGCUGACCAGCAAAUGUUGAAGGAGAUGACAGUGAUGGUGGUAGUGACGGGAGAUAGGAAAGUUCCAACAACGUUGAUGGCAAAUAGAAGCGGCGACUGUGACAAUAGUUGUGGAGAAAAAAUGUCGGUGAAAGACAUCCUUUGCCAGAUAGAUGCUUGGUGAAGGCUGCACAGCUCACCAAAAAAAAGGACGAUAAAGGUGGAAAAAUCUCAUUGGAAAAAAACAUUGUGGAGGUAGAAAACCUCAUUAGAGAGAGGACACGACAGAGGAGAAAACCUCGCCAGAAAAGAAACACAACAGAGGUGGUAAAACCUUGCUGAAAAGAGGCACAAUGCUAAUAACUUUGGCAGACUUUGGCGGAUGGCAUUAGUGACAAUGGUGUCAACCUAUUAUAGUGCCGUAGAAGGGUUUGAAACCCUAACCACACUUUGAUACCAUGUAGGAAGUGGAAAGCCAACCAUAAUGAUCACAGUCUAGGAUUUAUAUCCUAACCUUAGAGGGUGUGUAAUGGACCACAAUAAGUUUGGCCACUAGGGUGGGCCGUAACAUAAGGUGCCUAUUACAUUUAACAAUAACCAAUAUCAUAAAAUAUCUUUUUGGAUGGCUUGAUUUUCGUGGUUUCAUUUUCAUAUACUCUAUCCUUGAAGGAACUUUGUAGAAAAAUUUAUGAAAUAUUAGAGUUUAAUGGAAUCUUGUAUCUUGAUGUUGCUUUAAUCCAAUCUUCUUUCCACUUUUUAUCCAAUCCUCAUAUGUUACAAGUGUAAACAUUUUUUUCAUCAGUAUGGUUAUUGCGAUCUAUUUGAAAAUUUUAUUUUUAUUGAGCCGCUUCUAAAUGUUCAAAAAUAUUUCUUCCUAGGGUUUGCCUUGUCACCUGUACUUUGAUCUGGAAUUUAAUAAGAGAGACAACCCUGAAAGAAAUGCUGAUGAAAUGGUUGAUAUCUUGGUGUCAGUUAUAUUUUCUGUUUUAUUUGAUAAAUAUUCUAUUGAAGGAAAACAAGAUUGGAUUAUGGAAUUGGAUUCAUCUACUGUUGGUAUGUUCCUAUGCACGUCUUGUUUUGUGGCAUUUACAUUUUCUUAAUUCAUCUUGACUUGUGGAUCUGAGUCUAAAUGUUUGUGGUCCUUUUCUUUAUUUCUGUAUAUAAAUACUAGCAUUUUAGUGCAGUUCUACAAUGCUUAAAUUGGUGAAGAGGUUUUCAAGUUACAAACAAUAAGGUCUUCCUCAUGUCUCUAAUAAUUCAUGUUCACUUCUUGUUAGAAACACAUUUUGAGCAUCCCUACUAUUUUUCUUCUCUCUUUCGUUCAGGAAAACAUUAUUUACUUUCUGAGUUUUAAAAUACAUGAUACUUUGAGGAUUUGGUUAUGAUUGUAGAUGGUGAAAAUCACAAAUCAAUCACUAAUGACAGCAGUCUAGGGUUUAUAUCCUAAUGCUAGAGGUAGUGUAAGGGGCCAUGACAUGUUUGGCCCAUUACCACUUGAUGACUGUCCACUAGGUGAGCUGUGACAUAAGAAACCCAUUACAUUUAGCAAUGAUAGUUUGUGUUCAAUGGAGACAGUGAGUUUAAUGGGGUGGGAAGAAACUAGUUAGUAUCCAUCUAUGAUUUGCUCACUUUUUCUUUUCCUAGUGUAAUAUUACAAAUGGUAGAAAAUAAGUAUUUUGUUACUGAUAAUUUUUUUUAAUGUGUUUUAAAUUUCAAUGGUAUUAAUUUCAUAGGCUUCAUUGGUAUAGUAGCACUAGUCUUUUUAACAUUAGGAUGAUAAACGAAAAUGGUGAUUCCUUUAGUUGUUUCAAAUAUUUUUUCUAUUUUAAAUUUUCAUUAUUUUUAUUUUUCUUAUUUUGAAUCUGUCGUGAACAGUGAUUCAAAUCCUAUGAGGAUAUGCAGAAGAAAAACUCAACUCGUAUUCACAUCAUGGAUGACUGUUAUUUACCAGGACCACAAAACAAGGAAAUGACAUAACAAGUAGGAAACCGACAAACUAUUAACUGGUCCAACUAAGACCCGAACUCCUAAUAAUACAUUCUUUUCCAUAAAAUCUACUAGCAAUGUGAAAUCUGUUCUUUUCAUUGGAUUAACUGGUUCUAAUUCUAUAUGCUUCACAUAAGAACAGGGUCUUAAUCUUCAGAAAAAUGUAGGAAUUUCUGUUUGGUUCUAGAUAACAAGUUACUCGUACAAAUAAUAGGGUUGCUCUUAGUCUUAGAGCAAGAGAUGGAGCAUAGAAUCCUCCUAACUCUAGGGCAACGAAAGAAUGUUCCACAUUGUCAGUUUUGUUGUUGACUUUAAGUUGAACCCAACGUAUGAAAAUUCCAGGUACCUUAGGUACAGUCUCCAUAAAACUUCAAAGUAAUAUCAGGUCACACUGUUAUCUGUCGGGUGGGGAUGGAGUUGGAAUUGGUUUGAAUUUGCUACCCAGAUCAAUAGUUGACAAGCCAUAAUGGUGAGUGGAAGGUGACCUCCUCGUGUAGGUGACCAUGUAUGUCUUGUGCUUUACCUUUCACGCCUAAGUCUGCCUGGCUCUUUUGUUAUGACAUUGACCAUCUAACUGUAAUUUUUCAUGCUUGAAUUUCUUGUGGUAUAUAUUAUUCUAGUAAGUAAUGUGCUCCUAGCCAAGUGGCAUGAAUAAGGCUUUUCAAUAGGGUUCAUUAUUUCAAGGAGAGUAGUUUAUGGUCGUGGACUAACUCAACCUCAAUCAUUAUCAUGUCUCAUUGCUUUUUGAAUGACUAGUUAUAGUCUGUCAAUUUUCCAUCUCCCUUGUCAAUUUCUUGUAGAACAGCCUGGUGACUAAAUGAACAGCAUCCUGGUACUCUACUCAAUUGUUAUUAUUAUAAUGGUUCUUAAGAACGAUGAGUAUGUUUUUCCAACAUAUUUCAUCUUCAUUUUCCAUCGUGCUGGUGCUGAGAGCCAAACUAAUCUGAAAGAAAAAUGAAAUGACUCAUGUCUUUGGUGUUCAUUUCUUAUGACUUUUGUUUCUGUCUUUGAUAGAAAAAUUUUCCCGUCAUUUGAUCAUCAGAAUACCUCAGACAGCAUUCAAGGACAAUGGUCAUAUUGGAGCAUUCGUCUCUGAGGUACUGACUAUUUGAUCACUUGUACCCCCUCCAAACUGUUGUAUCCUACUUUAGUUCCUAAUCAGGUACCUCUUUUAAUGAUGACAAAUAAUCAAGGAUUGUAUGCCAGCAAACAUGCGAGAGUUGCUUUUUAGAUGUAUUUUACACCGCCAUACUAGUUAAUGUCUUGCUUAACCCAUCAUCAGGGCUGUCAACCUGCAUCCGUAUUAUAGGUCUUACAUUCUUAGAGGACUAACUGUAAAGCAAGGUUAUUUUUGUUUUAAAGUCUUGUAAACUGAUUGAAUAAGAAUCUUUAUCGUGUCAUACAUAAUAAACAAUAUCACCUGACAUGUAACUAAGGUGCCUUCACUGUCUAAACAAAGCAUAUCACAAUGUAAAUCAUCCUUAUGCAUGUAUUAACAUAAUUAGCAGAUAGACUUAUCAUCAAUUCAAUGUGUUUAGAAAACUAAAUCUUCUGAUGAAACCAUCACCAAAUAAAAAAAAUUGUAUUUAACGUUUUUAUAUCUCCUCAUUUUCGUUUUUUAUAUAUGACAAUUAUAUUUCCAUUUGUGACACACUUGGGCAUGGUCAGUGCAAGAGCUUUAUUUAUAUUCAAAAACCAAUCUCAGACUAUCGCUCACGCCUUAAGACAAUUUCAUUCCACUGUCUUUCAGUCUUCUCUGUCUUUUUAGGAUACUACAGGGAUAUAGAUCAUUAUCUUUCAUCCAUUAGCCUUAUGACAUUAUCCUUUCAGUUUUCCUUAUUCAUACUUGUGCAUACAUAGUUCUCAAUUUUUGUAUUUCUCUUGAACCUAUCAUCUCAUUUCUCGUAGUUUGACCUUCACUUAGGCCCCUAAUCUGGUCUGCACUCAUAUUCGAAGCUACCACUUUGAAUACGAUAUAGUUGGGAGAGUGUGUUGAACUAGCCUUUUUUACCACUUUGGACCCAAGGCCUAGCUCAUCUAGCAUGUCCUCCUCUCCAGUAGUUGUAGAAAAUAUGCAGGAAGAUACCCAUUGUCUGCAUAAACUAAGCAGGAGGUCAAAGCCACAGGCACUGUUUUCUAUCACCUUAUUCUACCAUUUAUGAUCACAACUCAGCCAAGUCCCUUUCUGUCAUUGCCUUGGCAAGCAUCUGCAGUCUCUCCUUCAUUAUCACUGCUGUUGUUAUUCUUGCCCCACCAAAAUGAGGAGAGUGAGAGAGAUGUGAGAGAUGGAGAGUUAUGGAGAUGGAAAGGCUGAGGUAAAGUGUUAAGCUGGUAACAAUAAAAUAUUGAAAUAUUGGUAGUGUGUCGUUUCUAAUAUUUUAUCAUAUCUUACAUCUCCUUCAUGGAAAAAUAUGCCAAAAUAUUAGGAAGAUGCACUGAGUGCCAUAAUAAUCAAAGAAUCUGAACGUGGAGAAUGAUUACAGAUAUCAAAUUGUCGCAUAAUCUCUCUUCUUCACCAUCUUGUAUGUCAUGGAUAUUUAUGGAUGUUGGUGCUUUACCUGAUUGGGUGUACUUAAAGUGAAUAAUAGUACUCAGUGUUAGAAGGAAAAGAUUGAUCACUAAUCCAUGGCUUUAGACUUUAUCUGUAAUAACACAUUAUUCCUUUAAAUCUUUGGCAAGUGAUAAAAUGCUUGUGCUGCUAAAUGUUUUCCUUGAAUUGUCAAGGAAAGUUUUAGUUUCAGUGUUGGUAGACCAUCAUGCAAAACAGCUGCCUUUAGUUAUUGUUUUUCUAUCAUUUGGCUUUGUAAAUGUUACUCAUGCCUUGUUUAUAGUAAUAUCUACCAGGUCAAUGAAUUUAGUUAUGGAAAUGAACUGAGGCUCGACCAAUUUAGGUGGGGAUGCAGCUGUUCAUGUGAUUUCACAUGAACUUUUUCGAUUGGCGAAAAUAGUUUAGGGACCCCUUUGUUGGGUUAUCCAGAGUCAUAGGGCCGUGUGCACUAACCAGGCAAUGUUUUUGUAAAGCUGUCUUUUUAAUCUGGACGAGAAUUUAGUCUUGCUUCAUUAAGAUGAACCUCUCGUUUACCUCCCUCUGAAUCAUCAUGGCUGGCUGUUUUAGCACUUCAAUAUUUGUAAAGCUUGCUCUGUUAACGGUUGAUAUCUGAUACCCCUCCUAAAUAUCUAUUGAUUGGAAACUUUGCAAAAUGACAUGAAAGCUGCAACAGUAAUGACCCUGUGUUGGUUGGAGUCAAAUUUGGACACUCUAAGCAUAAUGAUGGCUCCUCAUGCUAUGUAGUCUGCAUGCAGUUUUCAAGUAAUUGCUUCUUUACAUCACAAUCUCUGCAUUGAAAUAGAAUGCUUAUUUCUCAUUUCAAAAUCCCAGUAUUUAUUCUAGGCAAGUAGAGUAAUGGGUGUUUGUUUGGUGUCAUCGUGGUAUUUACCAGCUAUGCUCACGGAUAUGUUCAGCCAGUGACAAAGAUCCACAACUUGAAAAAUUGUUUAUCAGAAAAAAUAUUUGCUCUGCUGAGUUGUCAUCUCAGCUUUUUGUGGACACUGGUGUUUAUUCAAGAAAUCGGUGUUUCCGUUUAGUUUCCUCUUCAAAAGCUGGCAAGAAUUCUGUACUUCUGCCUACCAGACGUUUCAGAUCCAAGAACAUGGUAUGCACUUUUUUAAUAGAUAUAAUCUCAGCAUAGUAGCAAUGAUUAGCUUUUAACAAUAACGAAAUAAUUUACCUGUCAAUUUUAUGUUUCCUUUGAUAAAGUGUUUCUGAAAUCAGAUAUAUGACAUACUAUUAUAAUGUCUCUUUCUUUUCCCAAAUCCAUUGAUUUUAGAAUUACAUUUUUAUCAAAUUUCAAUGCACAUUUUUUUCCUAUUUUGGCUAAUGAUUAUCUGAGCUGGUUUAGAUGUUCAGUUUGUUCUUCCUUACUCAGGCGAAGCUUAAUUGCUUUUGAUAAUUCUCAUUUUCAAAUUCCUUUAGUUUUUCAUUGUUGUCGGGAUGUGCCUAAUACAUUGUCUCAUAUACCUUACAUUUCUUGUAGUUAUAUGUCUGUGUCUGUGUGUCUAGAACCUUCUAGGGGUCUGAUAUAAAUACCAAACCUCAUUUCCUUUGUAAGAGAGUUUUUCUUUCAUUAAACAUGAAGAGAUUUUUUCUCUCCAUGGAUGCUGUGGUUACGUAUUAGUGCACUGGAUCAAGAUUCAUAUUUUCUACAUGGUAUCAGAGUGAAUCCAGGUGCGAUUGCUUUGUUUCUUCCUUCAACACUGAUCUAUGCUCUUACAGCUAUGGUUCUUGUACCAUCUUUUUUCAUCUCCAUUGAGAUAUGUUGACAAAAUGCUGAAUUUCGUGAAUCCGGCCGGUUUUUUUAAAUGAAAAAUGUGGGAGACAUUUCUUCAUCCUCUGUGAGAGAUCCUCCUUUCACAAGGGAUUCUAGUCUUGGUCCUAGUGGUCCACAAUUAUUACAUCCUCUCAAAUAUAUCCUCAAAUAUAUUUUGAUUAGUAGCAUAACCAAGAAAUACAUAUUUAAGUGAGCUUAGUUCUAGUUUGCCUUUAGUUUGAUUAUGAACGAGAACAAAAGAGAACCAAAUGUCUUAGGUUCUAGCCUAGUUUUAAAUUGACAGUCUAGAAAAUAGGUGGCUAAUGAAUCUAGCGGGCUGUGGAAGCCUAAGGUUCUAGAUGGUAAUCGGUUGAUGAGGUAUGUGGCUGUUAAAACAGCCUCACCUCAAAAAACUUUCGGUACAUGAUGUUGAAAUAAAAUUGAUCGAGUGACUUCUAAAAUAUGCUGGUUUUUUCUUUUGACUAAACUAUUUUGCUGUGGAGUAUAGACGCAAGAGGAUUUACAUUUGAUACCCUCUGUUUGGAAGUAUGAAUUCAGAUUUUGGCUAAAAUACUCUUUAACAUUAUCAUAUCUGAAUUUUUUAAUACUAGUGUUAAAUUAGUUUUUAUCAUGACACAAAAAAAUUUCAAAACAUCACACUCAUUAGAUUUUUGUUUGAGAAGGAAAACCCACAUACAUCUUGUACGAUCAUCAAUGAAAUUGGUGAAUCAUUUAUUACCACAAAUGUCAUUAAUGGGACAUGGUCCCCAAAUGUCACUAUGAAUUAGGAAGAAAAGAACAUCACACUUUUCCCUUUGAGAUUAAAAUGAAGUACAUGUGUGUUUAAAAAGUUCACACACAUUACAUUUAAGAGUGUUCAAGGACACCCUUUGAAAUAAAGUAAGAAAAACUAUUUUCAAAGUGCUAAAGGAUGGAUGAGCCAUCCAUUGGUGAAGUAAUCGUAUCUUAAGGGACAUCUCCUAGAGGUUUUAAAGAGUGAUCUGCUUCCACUAGAUAUGUUUGGCUCAAUUCUUCUAAAAGAUAAAAACCUUCAUGUUCCCUAGUAACUCUAAUCCUAUGAGGAUGUACCUUAUCAAAUAUGACAUAAACAUCUUCAUCAAAAAAGACAUGAUAACGUGAGUCUCUAACAAGUUUCUUAAUUGAAAUGAGGUUUGUAAAUAACUUGAGGACAUGAAGGACAUUAGUAAGAACCCCAAGAAAUUCAAGUCUAAUGUCUCCUAUACUUGUAAUGGUUAGGAAAGAUUUGUCUGUUGUAGUUACUUUUCUAUCACUAAGAUAGGGGUUGUAUUUAGUAAAAAGAUUGGAGUUCAUCAUGUGGUUCGUUGCUCUUGAGUCCAUUACCUAAUUAUUAGAAAUAUCUCUAGAAGAGGCUCUAACUCUAAGAGAGUGGUGGAACAUACCAGGCUAAAUUGAUGAGAAUUGUGUCACUGUCGACUUCAGUUUUUUAACUCAAUUUGAAGCCUCUCUAUAUCCUUAAUCUGAGGAGAAGAAAAAUGUUGAUUGAUUUGGGAAUCUGAGAGCUGACUAGUUGAUAAUCUUGGUGCUAAAUGUGUUUGACUGUCAUAUUUUUCAGUGCUAAAUUUUGUGAUUUACCAUACAACUUUUAGCAUCUAUCUCUAGUGUGACCACAGAUUAUCACCAAAAUCAGUCUUCUGAUUUCUUCCUUGGCCACGCUGAGGAUGCUUAGCUUGAUCUGUGGCUUUCUUUAUAAUUUCUCCAUGUUUAAUCAUAAAUGUAGUAUUGUCAAUUUUAAGUACUGAUAACAUUAAUUUCCAACGACUUUCCUCAUUCAAAAUGGUUUAAAUAGCUUCAUCCAAAUCACAUUUUCUUUUACGACUCAAUCUGUUGUCUGAAUUGAUCAAAAACAGAAUUAAGUCUAGCCAAAAAUUUAAACAUUCUUCUUUGUUCUGAUAAAAUGUCAUAAGACAGCAAUUUCUGCAAGUUUUUCUGUAUCAAUACUAAGAUAAUAAUCGAUUUCCUGCCAUAAAUUUUCAAUUCUUCUACAUCUUUAAUCACAGAUUUAUUUCCUUGAAUUGUGGACAUAGAUUUUGUCUCAUGUUCAUAUAAAUGUGCCUCAUUAUUUCUUUGUGAGAAUUUUGUGUGAACUGUUUCUCAUAAAUCUUUGACUAGAAAUAGGAAGAAAAAGUUUCGAGUAAUUUGGGGAAUCAUUGUUCUCCAAAGCCAGGUUUUGAUUAAUGCAUCUUCUCUCCAUCUAUGAAAUUCACAAGACAAUAGAUCCAGUUUCCCAUCAAUCAGAUGAUGUAACAUCCCUCUUCUGGUCAAGACCUUUCGAACAUAUUUUGACCAUUGAAUUAGAUUGUAUCCAGUCAAUUUGAACUCUGCAGGCAUUGAAGGAAGUUCUGCAAGUAAGCUGGAGCCACUUGGACCAAGAUUAACUUCCCUCAUAGAGGUUGGAUCCCACACAGAUAAUGAAAAAUUGUGUCCCACAUUUUCCAUUUAAAGAAAAAGUCCAAAUUCACUAAAAUACCAAAUUUCGUGAACAAAUAUCAAUAGAGACAAGAAAAAACGGUGCAAGAACUGUAAUAGACGAGUAGAUCAGUGAGGUAGCAAAAAUGGAGCGACCACACCUGGAUUCGUUCUGCAAGAGACAUAGCAAAGGAGAAGAACCCUGGCCAGAAAUGUAUGAUGCCAGUAACUCUAGCAGACGAUGGAGAAAGCAUCAAGAAAGUAAUGUCAACCUAUGACAGUGCUGAAAAAUAGGGUUUAAAACCCUAAAAUUGCUCUGAUACCAUGUAGUUGAGAUAACACACGGUCUGGAGCUCUGAUAGACGCCCAGCACCUGUGGAAGAACAAAAACUUUAUUGAUCAAGAAACUCACAUUACAAGGAGAGCAGGAUCCAGUAUUUAUACCAGAUCCUUAGAAGGUUCUAGACAUAUUGAUGUAGACACGAAAAGUAAAAGAUAUAAGAGGACAUAUCUGUAAACAUGUAAGGUAUACAAGUUCUUAAGUACAUCUCGACAAUAGUCUUGACACAAAAAAACCUCUGGAGAUUAUUGUUCUACAAAAUUUAUAGAACAAAGAAGAGUCUUUAAAUUCUUGCAAGACUUAACUCUAUUUUUUAUCAUGUUAGACAACAAAUUUUGAGCCGUGAGAGAAAAUCUGAUCCAGAUGAGGCUAUUUCAAUCAUUUUGAAUGAGAAAGUCAUCAGAAAUUAAUAUUAUCAGUGCUUGAAAUUGACAAUAUUCCAUUCAUGAUUAAAAAGGGAAAAAAUAUGAAGAAAACAUCAUAUCAAGUUCGACAUCAUCAACUUAGUCAAAGAAAAAAUCAAAAAUCUGAUUUUUGAGAUAACAUGUGGUACACAUACUGUAGAAAAUCUUCUUACACUACAGAUAGGUGUUAUAAACUGCAUGGUACACCACAAAAUUUCAGCACUGAAAAAUAUGGAAGUCAAGCAUAUUUGGCAGUAGAAUUACCUAUCAAUCAGCCAUCAGAUCCCUCAAAAAUUCAGUGUUCUAUUUCAAAUGGAUGAGAUAAAACGACUUUGAAUUGAAUUAGAAAAGUUGAAGUCAACAUGAUAUAGCACUCAUGAAUUCAGUUUGGUAAGUUUAAUUACUCUCUUGGAAUUAGGGCCUCUUCUACAGAUAUUUCUAACAAUUGGGUUGUAGACCAAAAGCAACGAACCAUAUCAUAAAUUCUUCUCACCAUUUCCUAGGGACUAAAAAGUAUCUACUGCAGACAGAUCUUUUCUAACUAUUGCUGUUAUAGGAGACCUUAAAUUUUGAACCCCUUGGAAUCCUUACUAAUGUCUUCUAUGUCCCAAAAAUCUCAUCUCUAUCAAGAAACUUAUGAAAGAUUCACCUUAUCAUAUCUUUUUUUAUAAGGAUAUUUGUGUUAUAUUUGAUAAUGUACAUCAUCGGAGAAUUAGAGUUGCUAGAGAAUUUGAACUAUUUCUCCUUAAAAGAUUGAUCCAAACGUACUUAGUGGAAGUAAAUCAACACCUAGAGCCUCUAAAAGAUGUCCUUAAGAUACGGUUACUCCCAAAAAAUGGGCCAUCCUUUAGCACUUUGAAAAAAAAAAUCCCUGCUUUGUUUCAAAAGGUGUCCUUGGACACCCUUAAGUGUGAUGUGUGUAAGCUCUCUAAACACACUUGUACAUAAGUGUGAUGUGUGUGCUUUGUUUAAAAGGUAUUUCCUUUUAAACUUAAAGAGAAAGGAGUAAGAUUCCUUUCUUUCAUAUUCAUAUUGACAUUUGGGAACUAUGUCUCAUUAAUAACCUUUGUGUAAAUAAGUGGUUUGUCACCUUUAUAGAUGUACAUGGUGUGUGUGGGUAUUUCUUCUAAAAUAGAAGUUUGAUGUUUGUGAAAAUUUAAAUUUUUUCUGUGCUAUGAUUAAAAAUCAGUUUGGCACUAGUAUAAAAAAAUCUAGAUCCAAUAAUGCUAAAUAAUACUUUAACCAAAGUCUGAAUUCAUAUUUUCAAUCAAAGGGUGUCAUGCAUAAAUUCUCUUGUGUAUAUACUCCACACCAAAAUGGCUUAGCCAAAAGGAAAAAACGACAUAUUUUAGAAGAACUCAAUUGAUUCUAUUUCAAAAUAAUGUGCCAAAAAAUUUCUAGGGUGAAGCUGUCCUUAACAGCUACAUAUCUCAUCAACCGAUUGCCCUCUAAAACCUUAGGCUUCUACAACCCUAUAAACUCUUAGCAGUCCACUUUUUGCAUCAUCAAAUUAAAACCAUGUUAGAACCUAAGACAUUUGGUUGCGUUUCCUUUAUUUAUCAUCAUAAUUAGACUAAAGAGCAACUAGAACCAUGAUCACUUAAAUGUAUAUUCCUUGUAUAUGUUAAUAAUCAAAAAAGGUACAAAUGUUACCAUCCCCUUAUUUGAAAAUUCUUUAUGUGAAUGGACAUUACAUUUCAUGAAUCAGAACCUUAUUUCAAAACUUUUCAUCCAAUGAUCAAAGUUUAUUUUUUUACAAAUCAUAUUGAUCAGCAUAUAGAUGAUUUAAUUCCAUCAUCCUUAGGUAAUUUGUUGAUUCCCAUUUCAGUCCCGAAAAAAUCUUGUUCUAUUCUAGAUUACUUCCUGAAAAACUUAGAUUUUAUAAGGUCUACACUAGGUAGGGAAAUUCAGAUUCUAAUUUGGCCGUAGAAAAUAUCUAGAAUUCCACAUCUACUUCAUUUAAUGAUCAAGACAUUUCAAACUGCAAUUCACUUUCCAUCACCUUAAGUAAAUUAAUAUGUGAGUGCACCAAAAACCCUUGAAGUCAACUUUUUAUCCUACCACAAACUCUCUCCACCUUAUUGGUCCUUUCUUGUCUCCUUAGACACCACUACCAUUCCAAAAAAUGUCUCAAAGGCUCUAUCCAAUGAGUGAAAACAAGCUAUAGGUGAUGAAAUGAAAGCUUUAGAAAAAAAAUCAGACAUGGGAUCUGGUGGAAUUACUAAAGGAUAAGAAGAUGGUUGAUUGCAAAUGGGUGUAUAUGGUGAAAUAUAAAUCAGAUGGUUUGAUUGAAAGAUAUAGAGCUAAGCUGAUGGCUAAAGGUUAUACACAACUAUAUGGAAUUGAUUAUCAAGAAACUUGUGACAAAAAUGAAUAGUGUCUGAUUUUUAUUAUCUUUAGCAACAAUUUUUAGUAAGGACAGUCAACAGUAUGAUGUUAAAAAGGCUUUCUUAUAUGGUGAUCUAGUCAAAUAAGUUUAUAUGACUCUUCCACCAAGAUAUGGAGGUCAGCAUUCAUUGAAUAUUAUUUGCAAAUUAAAAAAGUUUCUUUAUGGACUAAAACAGUCACCUCGAGCAUGAUUGGGAUGUUUUACAAUAGCAAUGAAAAAAAAUGAAAUUAUAGUCAGGUGACCAUACCUUAUUCUCUGAACACUCUUCUUCAAGGGGAGUUACAGUUCUAUUAAUUUAUGUUGAUGUUAUCAUCAUCACAUGAAAUGAUGAAAUAGAAACAUAACUUGAACCAUUUUUUGGCUAAAACAUUUGAUAUCAAGACAUUGGGAUGACUUAAAUAUUUUUUAGGAAUUGAAGCAGCUCACUCUUCUAGAGGUAUUUUCAUCUCUGAAUGUAAGUACCUAAUAGAUUUGUUGAGGAAAAUAGGAAAAUCUGUGUGUAAGCCAACCAAUACACCCACUGAUCAAAACCGCAAAUUAUGCAUGGCAGAGGAAGAAUUUUUUAUUGACCAUGAGAUAUAUUAACGUCUCAUUGGCCAGCCACUUUAUCUUACACAUACUUGAUCAAAUAUCUCAGUGGGUAAGUAUAUUAAGUCAAUUUAUGCAUUAGUCAAAAGAAUCUCAUUUACAUGUAGCCUAUCGAGUGUUACAUUACUUGAAAGGCACACUUAGUACAAAAGUUUUCUUCAAACAAAGUGGGGAAGGUAGAAGUGGAAAUGUUUACAGAUGUUGAUUAGGUAGGAUCAAUGAUUGAUUGAAAAUCAACUUCUGGAUAUCUCGCAUUUAUUGGCGGCAACCUUGUCACUUGGAGAAGUAAAAAAUUCAAGGCACUUGCCUUAGGUGUAUGAGAGUUACUCUGGGUGAAAAAUUUGCUUGAUGAGCUAAAAACCUCUCUAACUAGUCCUAUGAAGAUUUUUUGUGGCACUAAGUCAACAGUUAAUCUUGUGCAUAUUCCGGUACAACAUGAUCAUAUUAAAUAUGUGGAGGUUGAUCGUCAUUUUAUCAAAGAAAAGGUGGAGACAAAUUUGAUUUGUAUGCCUUACAUCUCAACAAACAAUAAAUUGACAGAUAUACUUACAAAAGGCAUCUUGGGCACACAACUACAGAAGAUUAUUUAUUAGUUGGGAAUGGAUGACAUCCAUUCACCAGCUUGAGGGGGAGUGUUGUUGAGAUGUGCUUAAUAUAUUGUCUCAAAUACCUUAUGUUUCUUGUAGUUAUAUGUCCGUGUUUGUGUGUCUAGAACCUUCUAGGAAUCUGAUAUAAGUACCAGAUAUUGUUUUAUUUGUAAGAGAGUUUUUCUUUUAUCAAACAAGAAAAGUUUUUCUCUCCACGGGCGUUGUGAUUACUUGUCAGUGCACCGGAUCAAGAUUCAUAUUUUCUACAUUCCUUGUUUACUGCUAUUAGAUUUGGUGCAAUGGCAUCUCCUUUUGGUUUUCAAAUCGCUUCACAGGUGUUUCAUGACCUUUCAUUGAAUCUGAUUGUUUGAUCACCCCUGCUUUAAUCUGGGUAUUCUCUCACUUUCUUUAAUCUAGGUCUUGUCACCUUCCUUGAAUUGCCAUGUUCCAUUGCUUUUCUUAUUUUCUCUUCCCCUAUCUCACGAAUAAGGUUUUAGGUAUGGUUGAGGAUUUCAAAAACGUUUUGCAAGUCCUUCAAGAUUUUAUUCCAUAUCUAUAACUAUCAACAUGAAAUUUGGGACUCCAGAAUAAUUCGUUGUGCAAUUUACAUGUUGGAACAGCUAAGAGUCCUAAGGUCCUUAUUGGAAUGCUUUUUUUGUUUCAUUCUCAUCCUCAUUUACUACUUCAUAGAAAGAAUGUUCAGCAAUCUCAGAGCUGUCUUUGACUGAGCAUUCAUAAAUCCCCAAUCACUCUUAUUCAACAGCUUUCAAAUCUUACUUUCCAAUUGGCCAUUAUUCUUCAUGGUUGACAGGCAGGAACUAAGGAUUCCUGAAGAAUGCUCCUAGCUCUUCCACAAAUUCACAUGAAGUUAGACAGUCUCAGGAUCAUUUUCCAUUGAUCCUUAAACCUACAGAUGCUAAACUUCCUAUCCCUUUUGGUUGAGUGGAAGACUUGAAUCUUUUUUCGCUGAAACGGGCAUUGAGGGUGUCAUAUGGAGACUAUCAAGCGGCCCCUCUGUGUGGUUAAAAUCUGUACUCAAUAAAGGCUUCUUAUCCAAGCAAUGAGGUGGUACUAAUCAAUCCAACCGACAAACCUUUGCAAGUCGAAUAGGAAGCUCUGAUACCAUGUCAAAGGUGAGAUGAUUCAGAAAUCCGAAUGAUUUCCAUUUUGAGAUGUCAGAAAUCCCUGUAUAUACAUAAUCAACCUAUCCUGUAUGAACAUUCCGUUUGCCAUCCCUUGGCUCCAUUCACUUGAUUGCCAUUCGUAGAGAGUGCAUAGUAGCCCACGACUGUCAAAGUGAUGUGGGAUUGAACACAACGGCCCCCACCUCUGAGGCAAGAGUACCCCACCUUUCAUUUAAGUAGGCCACUUUUUCUGGAAUGCAGCCCGACAUGCUCAAUUAGGUUCGCUCCAUCUUCCUUACUACUUACCCAAGAUAAGAGUUGAUCAAACUAUCGUCUGUGACAUCAGCUUGAUGUCCAUAGUCUUUUGUUUGUAGGACAAACGUAUCAUCUUAGGACUAGCUUUUUCUUCUUUGUAGAUGCAUUUUAGAGUUUUCCAAUCAAUCUUCUUAUUAGUCUAAGUCACAUACAGUAAAUACAUCACAGAUCCUUUAUUUCGGCUUUUGCUCUGUUAUAGUGAUGUUGUUGAUGUACGUGUAAUCUUACAUUGAGCUGCAGAAACCAUAUACUGGAAAUAAUAAAUCAACAUCUCCCUAUGGGCAAUGUUUUCUCUUUUAGGUUUGUCUUUGAAUCCUUACCUUACACAAUUUCCGAUGCACAUUUAUUUCUUCAUCGUUUGUUAAAUAAUUAUUUUCAUCUUAUGAUAUAACUUUAAGAUAUAUCAAACAAGAAGUUAUAGCCUUUUUCUCUCUCGACGUCUUCCAUCUUUAAUUGAUCACGAUAGUAGUUUUGUGUAACCUCACUUAGUAGCUUGCAUAUUCUUUUUCUUGUUUUUAUAUUUCGACAUUUUUUAUUUUCUUCAUGGAACGUUGUCAAAACUAAGUACAUGUCACUUAGAUCAGUUUGGCUUACAUAUUUUCAUGUCGAAGUAUGAAUGAUGGUGACUCAUGUAUUUGUAAAUGCUUUCAGAAUGACAAAGAAGUAUUUAUGGAGUCACUAAUCUGCAGAAUGGAUGCGGACUGCAGGAGGCUUCUUGUUUGCAAACUAGAUCUAGAUUGCAAGAAGAGCCUUCUAUUUGAUUUUGAGGUUGGUUCAAUGAAACAUAUAUUUAAUGAUUUGCACAAUUAGUUAACGAUUUUAUUGUUCUAUCGUUAGAGGAAGAAAUUAAUGAAUAAACUUGAUUUGGAUGACCCUGUCUCCUCUAUAUAUUUAUAUAGAAAUAUAUAGCUCCCACAUAUUCUAAGACUCUCCAAAAUGUUGGAUCAUAUAGAUUGUUUCAUCAAGUGUAUAUCAUUGCAAAGAAGGAUUACUAAUGUUUAGUAAUGAAAAUAGAUCUCUAGAUUAAAUCAUUUUGAACACCACUUAGACAUACACUUGGAUGAUGGCAACAGUGGUACAAUAUAAACUUUAACAUUUUUCAUCCCAUUAUUUCGUAAGUUAGACAAGAACAUAGUCUACGAUAGCCAUGCUAGAAUUGAGUAGGUUGGUCAUGAACUUUUGAUAAUAGUAAUGUGAUCACAUUACACAAAACAUUAGGCAUGAUCCGUAUAAUCUACGGAAAGUAUAAUGAUCAUUGACUACUUUACAAUGGAGGUGAAUGAAGAACUUAAUGCUCUAAUCCCUUAAUUCCAAUUGUAUAAGCUUCAAUGGGAGAAGGAUGGAGGUUCCACAAUAAGGGGGCUAUGUCCAAGUUUGUGUUGCCAUUUUUCCGCUCAAAAGGGUUAAAAAAUGGAAUCAAGAGUAAGCAAGAGUAUUCCAACUCAAACCCUUCAUUCAAAACCUAAACCAUAAACACCUUUAGGAUGUCAUAAUUAAGCUUUUACCUUAUGCUUUACACUCCCCCCUCAAGUGAAGUAAAUAUAUUUUUUCAUACCCAACUUAUAAAUUGUUGAAAUGAAAGAGUUGUUGCCAAUCCUUUCAGAAGACGUUUGUUCCUGGUCUUCUGAAUGAACACAAGGAACAUGUACUAUUUUUGAUACUUACCUUUCUAUGAUGAAAUGCCAAGUAGCCUUUGUGUCCUGGACUGAACUGAUAAUGUUGAAAGCGAAAAUGCCCAGAAGAGGACCUCAUGAGACCAUGAACUGAGACCGCUACCUUCUGGGACCAUUGAGUUUUUCACAUUUAAUUUAAGCUUAGACUACACUUCCAUAGAAAAGCCCCAGAGUGGGAUUUGGCCUUAACCACAUUAAUGAAGCCUUCAACCUGCAAAUGAUCAGAUGAAUCCGUAAUGUAGCCAUGACUUUUAAGUACCUUCAUAUGUGAUUGUUGACUUUCAAGUGAGUGGUGCAUAAGGCUUGUUAUGUAGUAAUUUUUCCGAAGGAUCAAUUUAAAUUUCUAUGUCACCGAAGAUAGAAACUAGCAAACAGGAUUACCUUUAAAACGAAACCUUCUCUCAAUAAACAUGGAAAAGCGUGUGAACAGUAUGAUUUACAUACAUCUUGUUCGAAUGUUUAUGCUGCUAUAUUUUUAUUAAAAAUUUGUUGAGCACAGGGACAAAUUAGCAGUUAGAAAGUAGGUUUUUUUGAUCAACACCUCCUGUCAAUCAGCAAUCUUCUUUCUGAAACUAAAAGAUCCAAGUAAUAAGUCCAAACAUAAUAUGCAGAAAUGUUCAUCCUGCUAAUUUAAAAUCAACCCCGAAUAUAAAUAGACUAGCACAAAGUCAGGAAGCAUGUCGUUAUGUUAUUUACAGAAUUUCCCUCUCGUUAUGUUAUUUACAGAAUUUCCCUAGGCAGUCAUAUUUACUUUUUUCAAUCCCACAAUCAAAGAGAGAUAAGGGAAAAGCAUGAGCACAUCAGUUCACUACCUUAAGAGGCGAAACAUAGAGAGAUCAGUUGAUCCCAUUUGAAUAAUUGAGAGAUGAGAUCACGAAAAUCUCUUCAAAAGUAAAAUGAUUGGUAAUGUCGAGUAUGCCUCUCAAGACUCUUUAAAAUGGUCUAUAAAUUAAUGAUUUUUUCCUCUGAAAAUUAUGCCGUCAUUUGUUAGAAACCAUAAGCAUUGCUUCUUCUAACAAAGAAGAGAAAAAAAGCGUGCAGAAUUUGUUUUCUUAUACUACAGUAACACUUAAAACAAAUGUUAUUUAUGUAUUAUUUCUCUUCAACAAUCAUUAUUGCUGUGUCUGCCUUAUGGCAUGAAGCAACCAACAAUGUGUUAUCGUCAUGUUAUGUCUCAACAGAAUAAUAUGAUAUUCAGAACCUUAACCAUUUGGAAAACCUUCUUUUCAUGUUAUGAUAUUAUUCAAAUAGAUAGUUUUUCAUUUUUAACCUUAUGUUAAUUAUUAUGAUUAUAAAUUUUAUUUUCCUAGGUUGCGUAAUUAUUUAAAGCUAUUUUACACUUUGUUCCCUAGCUUGUGUUAGAAUUUGCAAGGAAAUUUAUGUGAGAAAUGGGUAGCCUCUUAAUGUUUUCAUUGCAGUUUUUUCCGACCUUUUACUCGUUUUAAAAAUCAUGUUUGAUUUGUUAAAUCCUUUUUACAUUUAGGUCAGUGACAGUCAUGAACAAAGACACGAUCUCCCAGGAAAAGCCGCCAUACUUAAUUCUCAAGAAAAAAUUUCUGGGACAUAUCUCACAGGAAGAUCACCCUUCCCAAAUUUGGAUUCUUUUAUUGAAGCUAUUGGCUCAUUGGAAAAUACUCUGGGUACUGUUCUAUUUCUUUCAAAUUUUCUUCUGGUUUUGAUUCUCUCUUCUUCAGAAAGUUUUAUUCUUCUUUGUCUGAAACAAUAUAUUGUAAUAUGUAUUUAACUUGCAUUAACUUUGCAUAGUUCGUACAAUGCAGAAAAGUUUUCCUCUCAUCAUUUGAUUCCAUGGCACUGUUUCUACAAAGAUGUUUUCCAUAUUGGACCAUAUUUCCAUGUUGAAAUCCAAUGAUUUCUUUGUUUGGCUGCUAGAGUAGUGAUGUCUAGAUUGACUAUGAAAUCCCCUUUCAACAUAUCUGUGCUCUAGAGUCUCAGGAGUGCUAUCUGGGUUCUUCUGGAUUGUCUUUUCUUCAGUUUUCUUUUCCAAGAAACAAUGUUUGUGUUCACCUGUAAACACAUUCCAUAAACAUUGACAGCUUUAUUUUGGAAGAUUGAUAAUCAGAUUUCCGUAGACAUAUUUUUUAUGACUUUUUUACCUGCAUUGGAGUGCAAAGAUUUGAAACAGAUCUAAAAUGCCUGCAUAGUGAAUUCACCAUUCCCUCUGCAUCAUAAAGCUUCCAUACUUUCCAGGUGCCUGUGACCAACGUGUAACUGUAACAAGGAAGUCGCAAGGAUCCUGGUAACAGUGACCCAUGGCUACUCAUGACAAGGGGUUUUUCACAUCAGGAAGCGAAGAAUCCUAAUAUGAGUUUUUUUUGGAGGGUCCAAAAUGGAUUUGGGUAAUUUUUUAGUUAACGGCCGUUGUUGUGGAGUCUUGAGAAAAUUAUGAGGGACAUUGGUUAUCAUCAUUGUCAUCAUUCAAAGACCAAUGGUGAGGACUUUUUGCUACUUUUGUCAGAUUCGGGCUAAGAAGAGUGGGUUGCCAAGAAUUCAAUGGAAGUCAAGAGGGAAAUGGGACAGCAAGGGCAGUGACAACCAUUAUUAGGUUUUAUUGCAUGUGUACUUAUAAUUAAUGAUUAAGCUCCGAAAGGAGAAUAAAUUCUAAAAUAUUCCCAAAAAGCAUGCCCUGGGGGCUGUCUAAAACUCAGAUACGUGUAACUCCUUUCUCUGUUUUAUUUUUAAAAGUCGGAUACUUAAAAAGGUGAAGUGAACACUUAAAUUUGAACGGAGCAUGCAGCACGCUAAUGGUGUAACUUUAGCUUCAUAUACAGGCUUAUGAAGCCAUUUAAAUUAUGAUUCUCGCUUUGAGGCAUUAGAACUGAAAGCUCUGGUUCAUCAUGGGUUAGUGUACCAUUUUCCUGCUUCUCCAAAUUUCAUACAAAGAAUGCAUCAUGAGAACUAUGCUCCUUUUUGGAAUUUGAUUUGAUUUUCCGAUUUGAAGUUUUCUAUUUUAAGUGAAUUUCUGCCCAUGUGAAGUGAGAUAUUACAUUUCAAUGAUGCAUGUGUAACUAUUUGUGGUACAGUUAACUGCUAUCUGAUAACCAGUGUGUUACUUACCGUCAUCUUCCGAUUAUCUAACAUGAAUAUAUACAUAAAAUGAAACGUCAACAUUUUCUCUACUCCAUCCAGUUUUGGUGAGCAAGAAGAUGGAUAUUUACGAAUAGGAUCUGACGUUUAUUCAAAUAAAUGUGUUUAGGACCGUCAGAAAUACGGGCAAUCUGAUUUUGCAUCAAUUUUCAAUUUUCAUGGUCAUUUUUUCUUCACGAUUUCCUGGUUUUUGUUACUCAUGAAAGGGACUUGUUAUGUUCUGUUGCAAAGUUUUAACCAUACCAUUGUUAUGAUUAUACAGGAAAAAUCAGAAGCUGGUACUGGUUUUCUGAAUUUGGCUUGAUGAUAUACAGUAUGUUAAGGAGUAGAUAUUGUGAAAGGAUCGGGCGUGAACAUAAAAGCAAUCAUGGUAAUUUUCUUUUCGUUAUUUACUAGAGGAAGCAAACCGCUUCCACCACUACUGGCCUUUCUCUUUUUGAAUGAUCCAUGCUUCUAUAUAGACGUUGAAGCUUCUCAGUAGAGAGGAUAGUCACUUCCAUAUUCACUAAGGAUCGUAGGCCUCGAGCUUUUCUGCGUCCAUUGAAAGGAGUUGAGGUCCCCUGAAUGAUCAACUGUUUUUUGGUGCAGACCAUGAAAAUAGUGAGCGCAGUAUAUUUUUGACAGCUUAUGGAUCAUUACUAUAUUACUUCUCCCAUUUCAUAUUCAAUUCCCAUCAGACUAUCUUUGAAACAAAAAAAUAAAAAAAAACGUGCAUGAUACUCUAUCAACGGGGGGGUAUUGUGUAAUAUGGGCAUCCAUGGAACGUGACAGAUAUUCUAAUACAAGAUAUCAGAAACUUGCACCUGCUAAAUGUCUCAUGGUGUGUAUUUCCGAGCAACUAAUUCUAGCAUCUUUUUCCAGUAAUGUAUGUCGUUGAUUUCAGAAGCGGCAUCUACUACCAAAAGUGUUACGAUCCUGAUUGUAAAGGUACAUACAUGGGUGCUUCUUCUACCAGCUUAUUUUAUGGUCAUCUACUAUUUUACUUGUACUUGGUGUAUCUUUAUUGCGUAAGUUUUUAUACUGGAUGCUCUAUUUAUUGACCAGGAUAUCGUUCUCCAUUCCGCCCACUGCCCAAGGAUGUAGUCCCGGAUGGAGUGACCUUUUCUUGCUCGACACAGAGGGGGAACCGUGAGGAUUCGUCAAAUGUUGACUUUGACUUUCAGCUCGUUGAAGGCAUUCCUGAGGAGGGUUCCAUUGACGACUGUGAAUGGAUUACUGAGAGCUGUAAGAAGGACAGAGGAUGGUGGCAAGAAGCCCUGAAUUUUACAGAGCACAUCGAGAGAAUGAGACAGAUGCCUGAGUCCUGCAACAAGGUUAGAUCAUAUCCUUUCAAGGCUCCUUUUUUUUUCCCUUUUGUUUUCAUGUAUGACAUAAUUCAGUUCGAGUUAUAUGAUUUCUUAUAUAGUUUUCUCAUAUAUGACAUAUUUUCUGGCUGAUAUUAUCCACCUGGAACUUUGAUUAAAUUCAUAUAUAGAUAUAUAGAUAGACAUACAGAGAUAGAGAGAGAGAGAGAGAGAGAGAGAUCUGAUUAAAAAGAUCAUUGUGAUUAAAUUCCUAGGAAGAAAUUAAAUGCCUACACGAAGUAAAAUAAAUGGAGAAAAGCAAAGGAAAAUUUUGUAAACUUUCAUCAAGGCCCUAGUGAAGGAUAAUGAAGAGAUAGCUACGUUAAUAAAGCCUUGAAAACCUCUGACAGUUCCUGUUUCCACACUGGAUAGAAAGAUUUAUUUAUUCAUUUACCAUUGUUUUCAUCUGUCUUCCAUCUGAUGGAUUGAUCUUUCUAGUUCUAUUGCCUCCUUUCACCAGUCGUCUGAUCCAGAUGAGCUCCAGUUUUCUCCCCCAGUUUGUAGAAAUAAAUAAUUCAUUAAAAUUUGUCUUUUAUCUCUCAUCUCAAACCGUAUUUUUACUCCUUUUACAGAAUAAUUAUCUUUCCAAUCAAAAAUGCUUCCCUCAUUUUAUCUCAAUCUGCUUUUACUCCUUUCAUAAAAACUUUUACAAUUCACGUUUCCAACCAUGAUCUUGAAGGGCAAAGUACUUUGCUUAUUUUUAUUCAUGGAUCCUUGAGAUUGCUUCCAUUGGAUCCCUUCUUUCCCCAAUUCAAUGAUUUUUUUUUCUUCUGAAACUUCUUCCAAGAUGAACCAGGAUGUGGAGGAGAGUCAAGACUGGUGGAUGGAUGCCGAAAGCUUCAUCUCUAAGGUUGAGGAAAAUCAUUCACUCGACGCUCGAUAA